UAACCUCUAAUAGGUAUUCGAACUUAAAAGAUUUUCAACGAAUUAAAAAUAAUACCUUUAUUUCUAACAUUAUAAAAUUAUCAUUAUAGUUUACGACACGUAACAACCAUGAUUUUGUGAUCGUAAUAUCACAAAAUUUAAUAGUGCGUAUAAUUUGAUAACUAUUCAGUACGUGUAAGAUUAGUUUACGGAAAAAAGAUAUCUAAGUCAAAUGAUACUAGAAAUUGUUAUGUUUGAGUGAACGCCCAGAUGGAAGACAAAACAACUUAUCUAAAAGGUAUUUUUGAAAUUCUUUAUGCCUAAGUUCACUUUAUAUGAAGUGCUUUACGUGUGCAUAUAUAGGACGGUUAUACAGAAGUUUACAUAACACGCUAACAACGAGAAAUGAAACAGGAAAAUGAAAGCGGAUCUUUGUUUAAACGUUGUGUUCACCAUGAAGAAGGAGAAACAAUCUCUAGAUAUAAUGGAAAGUACCCACAGGAAAAUGGACAUACCUGUGAUGGAAGCAUCAAGGUAUCGUCACAUCAUGAGAUAGCCUUUGAUGAAACGUUUGAAGAGACACCAAUCGUGGCAGCGAUUUUGACUUAUCUGUCUUAUGGAAUAAUGGUAGUUAUUGGACACAUAAGAGACUUUUUACGAAGUAUUGGAUUAGAAAAAGAAAAGACUUGUACAGAACCCAAACUUCCAGGAUUUGUACCCUUAUUUCAAAGCUGGGAAAGUUUCUACACACGAAAUUUAUACCGGCGGGUGCGUGACUGCUGGAACAGACCAAUAUGUAGUGUACCAGGGGCUACAAUGGACGUCCUAGAAAGGACAUCAAAAGAUCAUUGGUGGGGCUGCGAAUUAACAGGUAAAAAGCACACCGUGAUAAAUUUAGGAUCUUACAACUACUUGGGAUUCUCUGAUUGUAAAGGACCGUGUGCUGAAGCUGCUGCAAAAACAACACACGCGUAUGGUAUUGCUUCCUGUGGAAGCCGACAGGAACUAGGAUACCUGGAUAUUCAUAAGAAGUUAGAUACAUUAGUAGCGGAGUUCUUAGGUGUGGAGGCAGCCAUAACCAUACCAAUGGGGUUUGCUACCAAUUCAAUGAACAUUCCGUGUUUAGUAGGAAAAGGUUGUCUUAUUUUAAGUGACGAACUAAAUCACAGCUCGUUAAUUUUAGGAGCAAGGUUAUCAGGGGCUUCAAUUAGAACUUUUAAGCAUAAUAAUAUGUUAGACUUGGAGAAUAAGUUAAAAUCAGCUGUUAUUGAAGGACGACCGAAGAUUAGUCGACCCUGGAAAAAAAUUAUCAUCCUCAUUGAAGGUGUUUACAGUAUGGAAGGCUCAGUCAUACGUCUACCAGAAGUCCUCCAAUUAAAGAAGAAAUACAAAGCCUAUGUAUACUUAGAUGAAGCUCAUAGUAUUGGUGCUAUAGGUAACACUGGUAGAGGUGUUGUAGAUUAUUUUGGACUCGAUCCAAAGGACGUAGAUGUGAUGAUGGGAACAUUUACCAAAAGUUUUGGUGCUGCUGGGGGAUAUAUAGCAGGCAAUAAGAAAUUAAUACAUCACUUAAGACUUAAUUCGCAUGCAGCAGUGUAUUCCAGUUCUAUGCCACCUGCAGUAACACAACAAAUAAUCUCAUCAAUGUUAAUAAUAAUGGGGAAAGACGGAACCACAGAAGGACAAAAAAGAAUAAACCAGUUAAAAUGGAAUACACAGUAUUUUCGGAGGAAAUUAAAAGAAAGCGGUUUUAUUAUUUAUGGUAAUGAUGAUUCACCAGUAGUUCCUUUACUGAUAUUUUUACCAUCUAAAGUGGCAGCUAUGAACAGAACGUGUCUAGAGAAAGGGCUAGGUAUUGUAGUUGUUGGUUUUCCCGCCACACCAAUCAUAGAAUCACGUGCUAGACUUUGUUUAUCGGCAGCCCAUUCUAAAGAAAUGCUAGACAAGGCGUUGAAUAUAAUAAAUGAAUGUGGUGACAUGUUCCGUAUAAAGUACUCAAAAAAGAAAUGCUGAAAAGACCGCCAAUUCCUAAGGUUCAUGACGAGGCGUCACAAUAAACAAAAGAUGUGAUAAACAUAUAGGACCAAAUAACUGAGACCCUUUUGGUCUAAAGGCUUUACAGUUUCUGGUUUAUGGAACCAAAUAUGCUGCUUCAAAAACUUUUUUAAGGAGGAAGGAAAAAUAGCUUAUUGUUUAUGACAUAUACAUUUCGUUUUUGUUAAUUGUUGAAAAUGAUAUGUAACAUUUGAGUUUCCUUUUUUUCCAAUGGUUGCAAAGAAAUAUAAUCUUCAUGGACUUUUA